CCGCGUGCUUCUAGCCACCGUAUGAGCCGGAACGUGCUUAGCAAUCAGUUCAGUUUGGUUUCUUUUGUUUCGAGUUUUAUGUGAACGUGAGUAGCCAAACAAAAAAGUGUCUUCGUUUGUUGCAAAACAUCCAUUUAGCUGUAUCAUCCCCUUUUUGGUCCCCUCAACAGCCGUACUCGUAACUGAUCCUGCAAACUCGUGUGCAAACCGUGCCGGGUCGGUUGUUUAGUGGUGUGCUCCAUAGAAAUAGUAACUCCACCAGGGAACGGAGAGAACUGUUGCAGUGCAUGUACUGUGCGAACAUAGUUUCUGUGAACUAAAAGAAAAUACGUCCGGGGGCGUCUAAUAUAUACACAGUACAAACGCAACAUUUGGCAAAACGGUAAUACAUCCGGCAACGAGAAAACUCACUUUCUAGUGUACUACGAUCGGUUUUUGGCAAGCAUCGCUGCGGUAUCAGUGCAAGCUAAAUACCUGUAAAGUAACCCUGCUGAAUGUAAACAAACUGUGCCGUAGUUUCCAAAGUGCAACAACAAUAACAAACAAACAAAAAAGCAUCAAACAAGUGGUGGUGAAAAGUUAAACGGAAAAGGGAAAUUCUAUAAAAUACAACGUACAGCAAUAUUUUUCGCUUUGCAAAACAUUAGUUUGCACUAGAUCAUAGUUGUGCAACAAUUUUUGAGGAAAAUUAUUCAGUCUUCAACCUCCCCUACCCCCAGUGUCUAGUGGCAAAAAAGAAGAAAUUAAAAAAAAUCAAUAGAAACACGCACAUAAGUAUACUCUUCCCCAAUGUUUGGACACUUUAAUACCGCGCAGUUGUUAAACCGAUAACUUAACACACGAAACGAAAUCAUAAACGAACCGUAACGUUUCACACAGCGGUUUGUACUGGUGGUGGAUUUGGGGGCAAAAGCAACAUCCAAAAACGUCAACUGCUUUCUGGAUCAUCCAGUGUGUGUGUGUGUGUGCGUAAGGUGUAAAAAAGAGUGCUACAACAAAACGCAAAAUUCGUGUUGUUUGUUGAUGUGAAGAUAGGAAAAACAAAACGUACUGAUCAAGUGUGCAACAUUCGCCGAUGAUAACUCUAGUGAUCGUCAAACGCAAAAAACCAGACACUCACAAGACUUGGUUGGUAGCGGUAACGGGAAAAGCAAGACUGUCACAUAACACAAACCGCCGCGACAGGCAGCGGAUCGGUGUUCAACGCAGUGGAAAACACGAAUAAAAAAAAGAAAAGAAAAGUCAAACGAGCGGGAGUGAUAGAGGAAAAACAUACAAAUAAAACCAUUCUGUGAUAAAAUUUAAAAAAUAUAACAAAAUAAGCAUAUGUUUAUUAAAAGUGAAACUAAGUUAGGCUUACCGUAACCAAAACACACACCCACACAGAGACAACAAAGGCAGACAAAACAAAAAAAAAAAGGAAGCGAAACGUAACAUAGUGGGGAUGCGCUUGUGCAAAUUGUCACGGACUUAAGAGAGAAAGAGGUUCAAAUAGCAAAGUUGAAAAAAAAACCAACCGCAUUUUGAUAAGAAUCACCGGCUACUUCUUCAAGUGUGUACGUACUACAGACCGAACAUCCCCGUUGUGCAUAAGCAUAAUUACCGUUCUGCGUCGAAUCAAGCCGGCAUUACGCGUUUUACUGUAAUAAGCAUUUCAUCAAACACCCCGUACGGAUUGUGAAGUGAAGUGAAUUUGAAUUCAUACCAGAAAAAAAAACAUCCUGUUAAUCCGUCGUCCUGUGCCGGAACCAAAACGAAGGGGCAAAAAUUCUAAAACCUGCAGUCACCGUUCGGUUGCGUGGUUGAAUCUCCGAUAUCAUUUCAUUUUGCCUGAUGUUGUGUAACUUCGGUGACCUGCGCCAAAAACCUGUGGUGUGUAUAAGUUAUCCAACAAUUACAACACAACAGCAAUACUAUACUGUGGAACAAUAAGAAAUAGUACUAAACGAAAUUAAAGUGUGAUUAUUUUCUGUGAAUUCAAUUCAAACAACAACAAAAACCCGCUCUGGUUGAACGCAUAGCAACCCAUGCUUUCCGGUACGUUUGCUACGAAGUUUCUGAUUGAUGAUGCUAAGCACACUGUGUGCGUAAAGAAACAUAAAAAAGGAUCGCAGCGUGGCGGCGACCACUGUCCUUACUGUUUAAUAUCCAUCUAUUGCUUACGAUUUGGUGAUCUGCAAGAAGAAGCAAGUUAAUACAAAAUUGUGAAAAUUACCGUAAAGUGAUUUUGGAAAUUGAAAAUACCACAUCUGUGUGUUUGCUGCUGGACAUUCGAAACGGGUUCGAAUUUAUUGCCGUUCCUCUCGCUAAACAUAUUUGUGCCCGAGCUGCUAUCGGAGUAAUUCAAAAGGCUAUUACUGGCUUAACGUGCUAAAACCCCCCGGCAUAAACGUAAACUGCAAACAUUUUCUGGACAUUGCUGCCCCACAUCUAUAAAUAUAUAUCUAUAUGCGAGCUGUGCAACUUACGGUGAUACAUUUGCAUUUGCUAACAAAUAGGCAAAGAGAAUAGCAAAACGAGUGAAGCAAAAGUGAAAACAAAACAAAAAACGCAAUCGUCAAAACCCCGCUCCCAAGUACGGUGUAUUUGUGACAUAAAGCAUAAGGGACAUAUAAAUACAAAACACAUACACACACAUACACGAAUAUCUGAUAAGGCUGAUUUGUGAAUAAAACAGAAACCAAACUAAGCGAUAAACAAAACAAAAAAAAAACAAGAAAAGAAACAAUGCAAAACUACUAAAAGUAAUAAAAAAACAAACAACAACAAGAAAAGAAGAAUAAAACCAGCUAGCGUAAGAUGAGGUGUUGUGUGCAGUAGUAGAGACGUAUAUUGAGCAAAUUAAGUGAACUAUACAAACAUUAACUAACAAAUUCUGGGAAGCUGCAAACCGUAUGUUGCUCCCAACUAAAAGGAUCGGAUCGUGUGGUUAGAAAACAUAUGUGCUUGCGAGAUUAGUAAAAAGCGUAGAGCAACAAAACAACAACAACCUCUGGCCGACGAUCGUUAAAAACAGUAACAACGGAAUCGAACCAAAGCGCGGUACACGGUGAACUAAGAGACUUUUUGUGAGUUAGCUAUAGCGCGAAGAAGCAGAAGUAAACAAAACAAGCAGUGAUUUGCGUAAAACAAAUCUAUUAAACGUUAAAAAUUAGUCCAUCAUCGACAACCGGUUUGUGAACGGUGAAGUGGAAGAAGAGUCGACCCUGCCGCUGCGGAUAGAGAACACAACAAGCGGAAAGCAUCGAAGCAUUGGUUGCUUUGUCUGGGGUUUUUUUUGGAGAACUUGAAUAAGAAAAGUUUCUGGUGCGAGUGAUAAGCUGAAGGAAAGUGUCCACGCUAAACAGAAAACAAAACUUCGAUACAAAUAAAACUCCUCUUGCUUGUCGGACGAAAGGAAACUAUAUACCUUUUUCGUCUCCGCAAUUAUCAUUAUGGGAAGCCAAACGAAACCUUUCCGUUCUGCUGAUGCAUCCUUCAUGGAUUACGUUGCGUAUGGCCAACGAAGCGAUGUGUUCUACAGUGGCCAAACGAACCAACCGCCUGCACCACGGCAAUCGAUAAACCCAUCGAAUGUAUUCCCACCGAUCGGUACGUUUAGCAUCGAGACGACUACGAUGGCGGCUCCGAACCAGGGUGUUUUUGGCGGUGGCGAUGCAAUGAGCGUGCUCGGUAAUUCGGGCACCACCGGCACUAUCGGGGUGUUCAAUGCCAACGCCAUGAUGAACGUACCGAAUAAUAUGAGCAAUGCGAACAAUUCCUACUCGACCGGCCAGACCACCAAUGGUGUCGACGCAAGCCAGGGUACGCGCGAAACUGGUAUCAUUGAAAAACUGCUGCAUUCGUACGGGUUUAUUCAGUGCUGUGAGCGACAGGCUCGACUCUUCUUCCACUUCUCGCAGUUCGGGGGCAAUAUCGAACAUCUGAAGAUUGGUGAUCCGGUGGAGUUUGAAAUGACGUACGAUAGACGUACGGGGAAACCGAUCGCCAGCCAGGUCACGAAAAUUGCACCGGAGGUAGUGCUGUCGGAGGAGCGCGUUACCGGCACCGUUACGACCGAGCUGAAGUGCGAUUCGGCUACGCCCGGCACUACCAGCUCGUCCACGUCAAGCGACACCACGACCGGGCGCAUUAGUUACGAAAAUCGGGGCGAAUGUUUCUUCCUACCGUAUACCAAAGACGAUGUCGAAGGGAACGUUUCGCUACGUUCGGGUGACAAGGUUAGCUUUCAGAUAGCUACGAAUCAAAGAGGUAACCUCGGGGCUUGUCACAUCCGGCUGGAAAAUCCGGCCCAUCCAGUCAAGUAUCGUGGCGUUGUGUGCUCUAUGAAGGACACCUUCGGCUUUAUCGAACGGGCGGAUGUGGUGAAAGAGAUCUUUUUCCAUUUCUCCGAGGCGGACAAUACUAUCGAACUUCGUCCUGGUGAUGAUGUGGAAUUUAUUAUUCAAACUAGAAAUGGAAAGGAGGUUGCUUGCAAUAUCGCCCGCUUGGCACCCGGAUCGGUAAUCUUCGAGGAUGUCGAUACAACGAUUUACAAAGGACAGGUGCUAAAGCCGCUCGAUCGCAACAAUCCGGCACGCCAGCAAACGAACGAUCCGUUGCCGGGACGUAUACGGUAUCGGGCGGCCGAUCACUCAGAAGUCGAAGUGCCAUUCGGAGAUAAGGAUCAGAAGGGUGAUUAUACGCUGCGGCAUGGUGACUGGGUACAGUUUCUGCUAGCGACCGAUCGUCGCGAUCAGCUGCAACGGGCAACGUCCAUUUCCCUGCUGGACGAAACAUUCCAAGUGAGCGGCGAAAAGCGCGAGCAGGGCGUGGUAGCAUCGUUGAAAGAAGGCUUCGGCUUUUUACGCUGCGUCGAGCGUAGCGUGCGUUUAUUUUUCCAUUUUACGGAAGUGCUAGAUACGAGUCGCGAAAUUUGUGUUGAUGAUGAGGUUGAAUUUACCGUCAUUCAGGAUCCUGGUUCCAGCUUCGCCAACAACCGUCAGAGCGCCAUUCGUAUCAAGCAUUUGCCAUUUGGUACGGUCAAAUUUGAGACGCUUAUCGAAAGCAACGUGGAAGGCGUCGUAUCCCGUGAGGCACCGAAAAGUCCUAUCAAAUCGCAGGAACGCACCGAAGGUGGCGUUAUUACCUACGGCCAAGGUCCAAACAAAAAGACUAUAAUGUAUUUCUUGAAAGAUUGUGAUAAGCCACCACGUGUGGGUGAUAAAGUCAGAUUCAAUAUUUGUCAGGUUAAACGUAACAAAGAAUUGAUCGCAACGAACAUUGUGGAGAUCACUUCUAACACGCAACAAGCUCUGCAACAGCAGCAACUGCUGCUGCAUCAACAACCACUGCAGCAGCAGCAGUCACAGCAGCAUUCUCCUAUUGCUGUAGAUACGCAGCUAACGAUUGGAUCGGUUCCAUCGUCACAAUCGCCAACGGCUGGCCUCACCAACGGUUCCAGAGCAAACGGCAAUUCGGUAACGAAGUCCAACUAUACCAACGGCAACGUAAAGCCGGGAAAAAUUCAACAUGGAUUCAUUGCGGUCUUGAAGGAAAAUUUUGGUUUCAUUGAAACGGUCGAGCAUGACCAGGAAGUGUUUUUCCACUUUAGCAACUUUAUCGGUAAUAGCAAUACCCUUGAACUGGGCCAGGAAGUGGAAUAUACACUGUCCACUCGCAAUGCCAUUAAUGCCGGUAACUGCAUUCCGGCAGAGAAUGUUAAGGUAUUGCCAAAGGGCACCAUACAGCAACCGAAAGUUUUGCCUACAAGCUUCAAUGGAUCGGUGCUGCGUCCAUUACGCUGCAUCAACCCGGAACAGGUUGAGUACAGUGGGUUGGUGCAAAUCAAAAACGAACAUGGUGACACACUGUCAACGCACGAGUUCGGCAUUACCAGCCUCAAGAACCAUCGCGAUCUGCUGCAGAAAGAUGACGUAGUUACGUUCAAGAUCGACGAGCUGAAUCGUGCAAUGGAGAUCGCUCCCGUUCGUACCAAAAAGCAGGCCAAGGUAGAUUCGAUUAAGGGGCAGUUUGGAUUUUUGGAUUUCGAAGUUGAGGAAGGAAAGAAGCUAUUUUUCCACAUGUCCGAUGUGCAGGGCAACGCUAACCUUUAUCUGGGCGAUACGGUGGAAUUUUCCAUUGUUACCAAUCAGCGGAAUGGCAAAACUUCUGCAUGCAACGUGGUUAAGAUAAAUGAUGCAAACGGACCACGGCCGGAACGAUUGAUUUCCCGCAUCAAGCUUAAUUCCGUUGAUGAUAGCGGACCGCGCUUGACUGUCGUUCGUGCACCGAAGGGUCCGGACGGUACGAAAGGCUUCCACCCAUCUGCCAGAACUCCUCGUUUAGCUGGUAAAAGUGUGACAAAUGAAUAGUAAAACAAACAAAAACACACAAAAUUUCGCAAAUUGUAAUAAAUUUAACUCAAUUAUUAUGUGUAUGUUAUCAUUUUUAUCCGUUCUAUACCUUAUGUUGGGUUUCAUACGAAAAAGAAACAGAAAAUAUUACAUAAAAUUUUGUAACCUUAUUUUAUUUGAUGAAAUUAACGUAAAUAUUUAGUUAUGUGCAACAAUUAAAAAAAGAACUAUGGUACAGAAGACAAUGAAACAAGGAAAAAAAUAUAGUGAAACAAAAAAAACCGUAUAUCAUCAGUGGAACACAUAAUUACCGUGUGAUGAAACCAAAACUUUGUUUUCUGGUUAAUGCUUGCGAAACGAAGCAGAAUAAAAUACGCUUAUUUGUUGCGUUACUCUUUUCGCACUGCCAAACAGAAAUGUGUGAAUUAAAAAAAACAACAAAUGUAAACAGAAGUCCUUCGUUUGAAACAAAUGAUAAACAAAACAAAACAGAACAAGCAAAGCAUGUGUUGGCAAAUCUUAGUUGCAGCCUAAUUUACAUCGAAGACUAAUUUUAACAUUCAUAAACAAAAAAAAAACAACAGGAUACCUUAUCUGGAAACAAAUGUGCCCGAAGAUUAAACGUAUAUAUUUACCUUUACCCUUAUCUUAUUCGCCGUUGAAACAAUUAGUUAGUUUUUAUUUAGCGUCACGCUGAAGCGUGCAUUCUUCGCAAUCCGGUAUGAUGUCCAUUAGCCAUCAUCAGAAUAUCAGCUGUCGGUAUUCAUUAUUUGUAAUUAAAAGAUGUCGGCCAAUCGAAACAUUGCGUAGCGUGUUUUGCGCAAACCAUUCGGCGGUUUACGGUUCGUGUGCGUUCGUUGCAACAGAUUCUUUAAAUGAAAAUUGAAACACCCAAACAUGUGUUUGCUCUGGCACUGGUGGCAUAGUCCCUGUGAAAUGAAAAUGUUUUUUUUGUUUUUACUUGUAACAAAAUUUUUCAUUAACCUAAGUAGUCAACCAUUUGUGGUGUUAUAGGUUCUUUCGUCGAUUGUUUUAAGAAAAUACAAAAAUAUAUUGUGCAAGAUUCCUUUCUAUUUUGGGAUAUUUGUCAUUAAAUUGUUCAGUUAAGUGCAACGACGUUCAUCUUACCGUAAGCUGCAUGUGGAAUAGCGCUACGGAAUAUGCGUGUUUGGAUAAGAGCAGUGUUUGACUAUCGGAAAAUACAGAAAGCAAUUUAAAGAAAAAACGCGAAUCACAUAUGAAUCAGUUUGAAGCUUAAAAACUACAAAAACAUUACAUUUAGAAUCUGUAAGAUGCGUAAGAAUUAAGUAUGAAUCUAAUUCAUCGAUUUUUUUUCUAAAGGUUUAUCUAAACCCCGAUCGUAUUCUUUCGUUUCAACCUUCCUGCUGUUACUCUUUAAACUACACACAAAUCCAAAUUAUUCGCUCUGCUUCCAUUCAACGAAAUAUAAUGUUUAAUAAGUGGAUGAAGAACUUAUCGUGACGUACGUCGUUCUUCUGUUUUUAUUAAACAUUAUAUUGUAAGUCGAUGGUAAAAUGGUGGCCGAUUGGAAAACGUGUGAAAGCAUUAAGCGUGUGUAACACAUAUGGUGGUUGAUUUUUCAUACGAAACUAAGAGGCACAUUGUAUGUGUAAUGUUUUCUAUUUUGGAAACCUCGCUGUAAAUCGAUAAUUUCCAGUUACUGUUCAUAGGUUUUUUGAGGGUUUGCAAACAUGCAAACAUUGGAACGGUGUCCUGGAGGGUAUAGUGCUAAUGGAGCUGGUUUUUUUUACCUAACAGGACCAGCUACUACCAUAAUAUCAUCUGGAGAUCGUUCCACCGUACGCCCAGGAGUAACUCUCCAGCUAUGGGUAAAUAAAAAGUCAAGAAAAUGGUAGACAAAGACCUCUUCGGAGGUUUGUCGUCCCGCAAGGAAGAUGGGACAAACAUGAAAACAAACAUAAAAAAGAAACAAAUUACACAAUAAAAAGAUAGUACGUGAACCAAACUAUCGCCGAUAAAAGCUAAAGAGUGUAGCAUAUAAGUGAGAAUGAAUGAAAACGAAUCGUACUAUUAGCAUGCAAUGGUUAUGUUUAUUAUCAUUACUACUUUGCUUUUAUGUAUACUGUACUGUACAACACUUUAAGCCUGAUUAUGUUUUCAUUGUCAAUGCUACGUAACGAAGAAAAGAAGAAGAAAAAAAACAUAUAAAAACCAUGAGUAACAGAGCAAACAACAAAUGGAAGAAAGGGAAAUACAACCUACGUCAAGCUUAGGGAAAAGCGAAUGAAAACAAUGGAAAAGGCUAUUGAAAGAAACACGUAUCCCAACGCAUAUUUCCUCUUAUAAAACAUGAUCUAGUCUGUGCAACAAAUUGAUACUAAAACAAUGCAAAAACAAAACGGCAAAACAUACGGAACGGAACAUAAUAAUAGGGAUAGAGUGCGAGAAAAGAUCGUCGUUAGAAAUUAGUUGGGACGGAAGAAGGAAGGAGGAAUACAUCUAAAAUAAAGCAAGGACACGAGGAUAAGGAGUAACGAAAAUGUCAACCCCAAAAUGACAAAUGGGCUUUUGGGGUUGGUAAUGCUCAGUAAAUACAGAUAAUGCGGAAUGUGCGACUGUGGAAUGGUUUUGUUUUAUGCGGAAACAGGCACGAUUAUGUGUUAAAAAACUGAUCUUGUGUUUUAAAAUUCGACCACUAAACUAAACUACUAUCCCCUAUACGAGAUAUGCAGUACUGCGAACGAACGCAUGUGUUUUCACAUUUAAAACAAAACAAAAAGAAGUAAACCGUAACAAUAUGUAAACCAAACACAUGCAGAAAAACAUACUCAGCUAACAUACAUUCACACAACAGUAACACAACACAAGAACUCGGGCUUAGAAGAACUCUCGUAUAGGAUUUUAAUUAUUUUUAUAGAUCAAUAAUGGAUCAAAUGGAGGUAUGUGGAGUAUAGAAACAUACAAUAAGCAUCUUCAAAAGCAAAAGCAAACAACAGCAAACAAACAAAUAUACAUCAACAUUAAUAUGGUAUCCGGCACAUAUAGAAGCCGUCAACUGUGUAACGAUGGCCAAAAAAAAAGAAACAAAACACAUGAAAAAAAAACUACGCAAAUAAACUUGUGCCAGCAACAACGAUUACGGCGCGAUUACUAAACGCUUCAAAACGUACGACGGUAUUCGGGUGGUAUAAUGGCGUGAUGAGAUGGGUAAAACGACAAUGAAAAGAAAACACACGCAUGAACUAUUAAUUAAAACGCAAAACCUAGACAUACAAUAACUGCAGAAUGAAAACAAAAACUAAAGAAGAUUGAAAAAAAACAGUGGCUUUAAAGUUAAACUUUAAGCUAAAAAACAUACACACAUAAAUACACCACAACACAAAGAGAGAGAGGAAAAAAACACACGAUAAAAUAAUACAACAGUUAUUAACAUUUCGGGAUCAAAUGAGGAAAAGUUUACAGGAGAUGUGAACGAAAAACGUGUAAACAAAUGCUUGGCAAUGCAAUCAUUAUGCUCCGCCGUAGUUAGCAGCAGCAGAAGCAGGGCCCUGAUGGCCCUGAUAUUUAUUGUUUGGUUGGGUUUUUUUGUGUUUUCCUUUUUGGUACGUUUUGAUUGUCGCAACUAAAAGUUCUCUCACCGCAUUGUAACAGCGCGUAUUGUGUAGUAACGUAAGUCGCUUUAGCUCAAGAAAGAUGGUGAUGGCUCCCCCUUCUGCAACAUGGACAUGCUACAAAACUAAAGAAGAAGAAAAAAAAAAACAACCGUUCUCAUGUGCCCACGGAAACUGGCCCGAAUGGAUGCGGUUCUGAUAAUUGGUGAAGGCGAGCGAGAAAGAGCGUGAUAAGAAAAUUGAUCCUUAUCAAGCAAUCAAGUCCGAGACGAAACGAAUGAUAUAUUCAUUUCAAAUGGAAUUUAUCAACUGUUUCACGAAGAUUAUAUUGCUUGAGAUGAAUUACAAUUUUGUCAAUCCGUCGAAUGGCAAACAACAGACACGCGGUGCGUUUUAUUGAUCUGCUCCGAUCGCUCGAUCGCUCCACCCUAGCAAUGUGUUGUACGAUGGCGGAAGAAUGAACAUGUAAAAGAAACAAAUAAUGAAAAAAGAAACACAAACAAAAACGAUAGGGAGAGGAGAUACACAAGAACCAGUAUCCAUUGAAUGAGCAUAAUUAUAAUUCUACAGGUGAACAAAAACAACAACAACAGCAACAAAAAAGAAACAUGAAAAAAAACAAAAAAAAUGUAAAAUUUAUUAAAAAUUAUACAAAAAAAAACAUGAAAUCAAUACAACAUUGUAACUGAACGAAGUAAGAAAAACGCAAAACUCUGAUGUAACCAAUAAAACCAAGCAAGCAAACAGAAACAAACAAACAAACAGAAAAAAAAAACAAGAUAAGCAUUACACAAACUAA